UUGAACAGUGACAAUAAGGGUCUUUUAUUUAUAUACAUCAGUUUCUGAAGUCUGAACCAGAAAAUCAAAGACAACUUUGAAAAACUCAGCUUUUUCUUUCUUCUUUUUUCCCUGCUUUUGCGGCUUCACGCCGCCUUUGCGGUUUGGUUCUGCGUUUUUUCUGUGACAUUUGGUGGCGCGCAUUAAAGCAAUGGCUUUUAUUAUUUUGUCGAGUUUUCAAGCAUCACAGGGUAAUUACAAGUGCAGGCUCUAAACCUCCAAAUCUCAUUGCAUUUAAAGCUUCAUAUGCCAAUUCUUUGAAUAAAGAAUUCAUAGGCAUUAACCCAUCUCUGGCACGGUAUUAAGUAGCUCUCAGUAACAGAAGCAUUUUUUAUUUUUGGAAGAUAGAUCUUCUUCUGGGGUGAGUUCAAUUUUCAGCCUUCCGGAGAAAGAGACAUUAACACCAAGAUUCAUCAGGGUUAAGACUGUCUAUCUUGGAUAACAAAACACAAUGUUGUCUCCGAAGCAGGCAGAGGAAGCAAUAGUCACAAACUUCAACGAGACAGAGCAAGAAGGGAAUGGCAGAGAAGAAGAAGAGGAGCAAGACCAUUCAGUGUUCAGUGUCAAGAGCUUCCUCUGGCACGGUGGUUCUGUAUGGGAUGCAUGGUUCAGUUGUGCUUCAAAUCAAGUAGCCCAAGUACUAUUGACACUGCCCUAUUCUUUCUCUCAACUGGGCAUGCUAUCAGGGAUCUUGCUUCAGGUAUUCUAUGGUUUCCUUGGAAGCUGGACAGCGUAUCUAAUCAGUGUCCUCUAUGUAGAGUACCGCACAAGAAAGGAAAAGGAAAAUGUCAGUUUUAAGAAUCAUGUCAUUCAGUGGUUCGAAGUGCUUGAUGGGUUGUUGGGUCCUUAUUGGAAAGCAGUGGGGCUAGCCUUCAACUGUACUUUCCUCCUCUUUGGAUCUGUGAUACAGUUGAUAGCAUGUGCAAGUAACAUCUACUACAUAAAUGACAAAUUGGACAAAAGGACUUGGACCUAUAUUUUCGGAGCUUGUUGUGCUACUACUGUGUUCAUACCAUCAUUUCACAAUUACCGUAUCUGGUCAUUUCUGGGACUUGGAAUGACCACUUACACUGCUUGGUACAUGGCUAUAGCAGCUCUUGUUAAUGGCCAGGUAGAAAAUGUGACACAUACGGGUCCAACAAAGCUAGUGCUGUACUUCACCGGAGCAACUAAUAUUCUGUACACGUUUGGAGGACAUGCAGUUACUGUAGAGAUUAUGCACGCCAUGUGGAAGCCACAGAAGUUCAAGUACAUAUACUUGCUGGCCACUUUGUACGUUUUCACACUAACAAUUCCUUCAGCUUCUGCUGUUUACUGGGCUUUUGGUGAUGACCUUCUCAACCAUUCUAACGCAUUCUCUCUCCUCCCAAAAAAUGGAUUCCGUGAUGCUGCUGUAAUCCUUAUGCUCAUUCACCAGUUCAUAACAUUUGGGUUUGCAUGUACUCCAUUGUACUUUGUGUGGGAGAAGGCUAUUGGGAUGCAUGACACAAGAAGCAUUUGUUUGAGGGCACUAGCAAGGUUGCCAGUGGUGAUACCUAUAUGGUUUUUAGCUAUAAUCUUCCCUUUCUUUGGACCCAUUAACUCUGCUGUUGGAGCUCUUCUUGUUAGCUUCACUGUCUACAUCAUCCCCUCUGCAGUCCAUAUGCUCACUUACAGAACAGCCUCUGCAAGACAGAAUGCUGCAGAGAAGCCCCCUUUCUUCAUGCCAAGUUGGACUGCAAUGUAUGUCUUCAAUGCAUUCAUUGUGGUCUGGGUUUUGGUGGUUGGUUUUGGGUUUGGUGGAUGGGCCAGCAUGACCAACUUCAUUAGGCAAAUUGACACAUUUGGGCUCUUUGCUAAGUGCUACCAAUGCAAGCCACCAACUCCACCAGCCAUGGUGGCAGCACCACCCCCUGGUGUCCAUCAUCACUGAGUAUAGCUCGUUCACUCACCUCAACAUAGUCUGAAACUACUCUUUCUCAUAGUUCCCUCAAUAUUUUGUACCAUACAUGGGGGAUAGUAGUAAUACUCCCCCUUCAUUUGAUGUGUGCUGGCUGUGUUUUGCACUUUUCUCUUUUUCUCUUUACCUUGUUUUACUAUAUAUAGGUUUGUUUUCCCCUUUAAGGUUAGUUGAUUAAAAAUAGUGUGUCAAAUGGGUUAUGAAUACUUUGUUAUAA